UUUUUCGUUUGUUCUCACAUCUUGUAAACCGUUACUCUCACCGAUCAAUAAAACACCUUUGAAAUAAUCCACCAUCCAUCCGUACUGAGUCCGACCAAACUCAGAUUCAACACUAUGUGGUACUAAACUAAUUAAAAACAUCGAAUUGCAUUUUUCUCAUUUGUCGUUCUUCGUUCCUAGACAUAUCGUAUUUAUAGCUCUAGCUCGGUCUACAUAACUUUCUAGUAUUUAUGCAACAAUGGUUAUGUGAAAACCUAACGACAAGGAAAAAUUUGAUAUAUAUUCUCGAUUUCAACUAAUUUUUUUAUUCGUCUUUCUUAUCAUUUAUUUACUGUAUAUUUUUAUCACCAUAUAUUUAAAGAGCAUCUCCAAUAUAUUAUUCCGUUUUUGCUUUUAAAGUAAAAUAAUUUUAUAAUAUAAUUCAAUUUUAUUUCAUUUUCAUUUUAAAGUAAAAAAUAGUAUAGUGAAUGAAAAUAAAUGCAUUAUUCUAUUUAUAGGCUUGGUGGCGACGCCAAGCAGCCGAGGAAGUCGCAUCUCCUCUCUCAGCACUUCCAUGAGAGCACCACUCACAUCUCCAUAACAAAUCCUAUCCGAUAAUACGAACCACCUACACCACUUCUACUGUGGAUCCUCUCAGAUUCCCGCGGGUUGGGUUUUCUCCUGGUAGUCAUCGUGUCACAGAGCUAGGAUAGAACAAGCUAAGAGAAGAAUGCAACUAAAGGUAUAUAUCGCUGCAAGUUUUACAGUCUUUCUUUAGAAAGAUCGCGAUAAGGAAAAAUCAUACCUGAAUGACAUAGAUAAUAUCCCACGGAAAUUGACAGAAGAUCUUGGAAGCUUAUCUCAGCGGGAAAAAAAUAUUCAAAGAGAUCUCGUUCUUAACGAGGUUAUCAUCAAAACCCAUCAAGCACUGAGGGACAAAUGUUAGACCCAAUUCAUGGCCCAGUGACAGGACGGACCCAUUUUUUGAGAGACCAUGAUUUCGACCUCGAGCCUGGUUGAGGAAAUUCUGAACCUCGCAUGUAUUACCUUUAAUAUCAACGUAGACUUCACCUUUUGUUCAUCAGCUUUAGUUAAUUCUUUCUUGUAUUCGAUCAAUCCUUGUAACCCUUAUUGUUUCAACUUUGAUUUAUAAUUCUAUUUUUAUCGACUUGAAUCUGAUUACAUCAUUGUGUUUGAAGAUAUUAAUGUGCAUAUGGUUCUUUUUCCCUAAUCUUUUACUUACAAACAUUACCAAUUACCUAGUUUAAGUUUUAUGAUUUACACUAGUCAGAAUUUACAGUAAAAAUAUAUGAUACAAAUACGAUACUGAAAAAAAGAAACAAAAGGUGUAAAUUUUAUGAAACAUGACCCAUUUGCUCUCUAUUUGAAUAUGCUACAUAUUUAGAAAUGCUAGAUUCACAUAAGAUUUCCUGUCCCCAGAGAGAAAUAAAUGAAUGAAUAAUUGAAAAUUUUAUAUGAAAAAAAGAAGAAGAAAAAGGGCAAAUUUUAUUUAAUGAAUGAAUGGGAUAGCUACUUAGAUUUUCUAUUUUCCCUUUUCACUUGGCUCCCAAUUUUGCAAGAAUUGUCCUUUUAUUGCACUUGGUGACAAUCUUAGUACGUACAAAGAUUUUGACCAGUCUUCUCACUCACAUGAAAAUAAAUCAAAUCAAAUCAAAUAAAAGUAUCCCUAAAACUUAAACACUCACUAACAACACUACACCUAUCCCCACUCCAAAACAAUCCCUUUCUUCUCCCCUUUCUCCAACACCUACUACCAAAAGCCUCAAUUUCUCUCUAAAACUAAUCUCUCUCUCUAGUUCUUGAACUUUCAAGAUUUCAAGAUUCACAUGGCUGGCAAAAGUGGGGGGCUGGCUAUGAUGAGAGAGUACAGAAAAGGGAACUGGACACUGAAUGAGACAAUGGUGCUCAUUGAAGCCAAGAAGAUGGAUGAUGAGAGGCGGAUGCGGCGGUCCAUCGGCCUCCCGGCGGCGGAGCAGUCACAUGAUAGCCGGAGUAGUAGUGGUAAUAAACCGGCGGAGCUACGGUGGAAAUGGAUAGAAGAUUAUUGCUGGAGGAAAGGUUGUAUGAGGAGUCAGAAUCAGUGUAAUGACAAGUGGGACAACCUCAUGAGAGAUUACAAAAAGGUAAGAGAGUAUGAGAGACGAAGGGUAGAAUCGUCUUUUGCCGCCGAGUCUUCAUCUUCAGCUGCUGCGGAAACGGGGACGUAUUGGACGAUGGAGAAGAGUGAGAGGAAAGAGAGGAACUUACCGAGUAACAUGUCGCCUCAAACAUACCAAGCGCUGUUUGAUGUGGUGGAGAGUAAAACGCACCCUUCUUCGACCGCCGCAACCAAUGUAACCGCAGCAGUCGCUGCUGCAGCAGCAAGUGGAAAUGGUUCAGGCGGUGGACUACAAAUCCAAAAAAUGAUACAACAACAACAAGAACAAGGUUUAGGAUUUGUUCAGAAACAUCAAAUGAUUCAGCCUCACGUUUUAUUACCUCUUCAUCCCCCGCCACCACCCCCACUUCCACCGUCUCAAGCACUGCAACCACGACCACUACUUUUGUCACCGCCUCCACCGCCUUCCUUUCAUGCGCAGCCAAUACUGCCCACAAAGGAUACUAGCUCAGAUUCUGAUACGAGUGAACAUCCAGACACAUCUCCGGCGAAGCGAAGAAGGACAAUUCCGACAACAACCGCCGGUCCAAGCGGCGCCGGCAGAGGUAACGCAGAAACGGAGGAAGGUGAGACUGUAGUGGCUGCUGCGUUUUCCAGAAGUGCGUCUGUGAUCGCAAACGCGAUAAGGGAGAGUGAGGAGAGACAAGAUCGGAGACAUAAAGAAGUCAUGAGCUUAGAAGAGAGGAGAUUGAUGAUCGAAGAAUCAAAUGUUCAGAUUAACAGAGAAGGGAUGAAUGGAUUAGUGGAAGCCAUUAAUAAGCUCGCGAGCUCCAUUUUCGCUUUCGCUUCUUCUUCUCACCAUAAUAAUCAGCAUCAAGGAGGUCCAUCAUAAUAUCAUAAAUUUGAUUAGGGAAGCGAUUUAAGUACGUAAAUUGGUAUUUAAGUCUUACUCUUUAAAUGAAUUUGUGAAUCCAUGCAAUAUUAAUUGAAAUAUGAUUGUUGAUUACUACUU